AUGUCAGUAUCUACGAAGCGACGGUACAUCACAAACAAGGUGGAGUCGGAGUACUACACACCUGUCGAUGGCGAUAUCAUAGCGCAAGUUCGAAGUGCUAGAGGAAACAAUCUUCAUGAGGUUGAAGAUGAAAAUGGUGGGAUGUAUGUGGCGAGUAUGCCUUCAAAAUUCAGAAAAGCUGUGUGGAUCCGAAGAGGGCAGUUUGUUGUUUUACGACCUAUUGAGGAAGGUGACAAGGUAAAAGCUGAAAUCGAACAUGUUCUCGAUGAAGAGAACGUGCUGUACAUAAGAUCACAAAAUAAAUGGCCUUCUCGCUUUGAAGAGCAAGCUCGAUUAAUGACAAGAGAUGCAAAGCGUGGAACAAAAGGAGAUAAUGCUAUGAUUGACGAUGACAUGCUCCCUCCUUCUGACAGCGACGAGUAUGAUGAGGAUGAGGCAACGACGAAGAAAAGGAUACACGACAAUAUAAUCCUAAUCGGAAGCAGAUACCGAACAACUUGUGAAGAAGGAGAUUUGAAACUCGACGAAACGACUCCCAUCCGGUGGUGUUGUUUGUGCACAUGA